AUGAUCGAACAUUGCCAGCGGUACCACUGGUAUUUGUAUCGACGUUGGCAUAUUUGUUUAGCACUUAUUUUGCUCUCAACAACAGGCGAUCGAAAAAUUAUGGUUACAAUCGUAUCAAAACUUGAUACAGCCCAUCGCCUUACUAUUCAUGACGCUCAAAUGAAUUAUUAUGGUACUCGGCUUGCUACUUGCUCCAGUGAUAAUUUGAUUAAAAUAUUUGAGUUAAAACCGUCGGGACAAACGUAUCCCUCAGCUGAAUUAAACGGCCAUACUGGUCCAGUGUGGCAAGUUUCUUGGGCGCAUCCCAAAUUCGAUAGUGUUUUAGCCUCAUGUUCAUAUGACAAACGAGUUAUCAUUUGGAAGGAGAUUGCUGGAAAAUGGCAAAAAAUUUAUGAAUGGAACCAUCACGAUGCAAGUGUUAAUUCAAUAAGUUGGGCACCUUACCAGUUUGGUCUUACGUUAGCUUGCGCAUCUACUGAUACUUCAGUAUCCGUAUUGAGUUUCAACAAGGCAAAAAUUUGGACACAUCAACUUAUUUCUAAAGCCCAUGAACAGGGUUGUAAUGCAGUAUCCUGGGCUCCUGCAGUGUAUUCAACUUCACUUGUUCAAAGUGAUGGACACCUCAUGCAUAAACGAAUGGCUUCUGGUGGCAAUGAUAAUUUUGUGAAAAUAUGGAGAGAAAGAAAAGAUGGGGAGUGGGAAUUAGAAAUUGCUUUAGAAGGACACACUGAUUGGGUACGUGAUGUCGCUUGGGCUCCAAUAGCUGCUCAUAACGUUAAUACAAUUGCUUCAUGUGGACAGGACAGGAAAGCGAUAAUUUGGCGCUGUUCGAAUGUUGAUCAACGACAGUGGUCUGCUCAAGAACUGGCUGUCUUUGAUAACAUUUUGUGGCAUGUUAGUUGGUCUCUCUGUGCUACCGUUCUUGCGAUAUCUGGUGGCGACAAUGAGGUUUCGUUAUGGAAGGAAAACCAGAAUGAAUGGGUGCGUAUUUCUGAAGCGGAAGAAAAGUGA